AACCGUAACGGAUUCCUAAACAAGGUAGGGAAACGGUGGAGAAUCAGAGAAACGAAAACAUACGGAUCGUACGGUUAGCGUUAGCGUUAGUAAUGAUGUCGGUCGCUACUUUUCAUCAAACAGAUUCAAUUUCAUCGGAUAAUUGAACCAGUUUUGCUCAAGAGCGAAGAAUCGACUGUCGCGGAUUCGCAGUUGCCCGUUACACAGUGACAAACUUUCGAAACUUUCCUCUUAAUAUACAUACCUUGCAAUCAUCGCUAUGUCGAAACACACUACCUGGACGGCAGUCAUCUUUGCCACACUAAUCGUCGCCUUUCUUGUCGGAUUAAUUACUGAAAGCGUAGCAACGAUAGCUCAACCGAAGGCGCCUAAUUUUCAAUACUUCGAACGGCCCAAGUACCGCUACCCAUACUAUGAUGAAAACGGCAGAGGAAAAUUACUCUACGGCUACGGAGGACCAGACUUGUAUCAAUAUAAAACUUAUAGUGCUCUGGAAGGAAUCCAUUAGUAACUGGGAGUACAAAUCACGCUACAAAGUAAACUACUCGACAACCUUUCGAUAAAUUGUGAUUAUCGGUAUAUAGAUAGACGACUUUAGAGUUAUACAUACAUAUAACACAUAUACGAUUUUGGUUCCAAUUACAACAAAUUAUAUACCACUCACGUGCAAAUAAAUAUUUGUAACCUGCGAUGUAUUGUAAUAUAUUGUAUAAUAUUGUUU